AUGAGUGGUGAUCUUGCCGAAUUUGUGUUUGAGCUUGGCCUGAAAGCCAAAGAACUCAGCAAAGAAGAACAAGAGAAAAUGAGUGACAUCGGAAAGGCCCUCGCACACGCAGCUGAAGUGGACUAUGGCUUGACUCAAGAUAACGAGGAAGCUGCAAAGGUAACAACGAGGUCGAGUGAUUCUUCUAAGGAAGCUGAUGCUGCAUACCUGAAGCAAAAAAUCGAAAAAAUCAAGGGGAAAUGA